AUGGAGCUGUCCGAGGUACGUUGCUUGAGUGACAGCGAUGAGUUGUACACCAUCAACCAGACGCCCCCUAGUGGCGGUGCGCGCUCCCAACGCCUGCUGUGGCAGACCGCCGUGCGCCACAUCACGGAGCAGCGCUUCAUCCAAGAGCACGGCAGUGGCAAAGCCCUGAGCUCAGAAGAGUCCUGCUGCCCCAACCACACCCAUCCUUCCCGGCGCCAGUCGGCAGGCAAGAGCCUCGGUGGCCACAACAAUGGGGGCACCAAAGUCUUCCCCGAGCGCAGCAGCAGCAGUGGAGAUCUGGGCUUCCUGCACCUGGAUUGCGCUCCCAGCAACUCCGAUUUCUUCCUUAACUGGGGCUACACUUACCGGGGUGUGAUCUUCCCCACCUUACGCAACUCCUUCAAGUCUCGGGACUUGGAGCGCCUCUACCAGCGCUACUUCCUGGGCCAGAGGCGGAAGUCAGAGGUGGUGGUGAACAUCUUGGAUGUGCUCACCAAGCUGACUCUCCUGCUGCUCCACCUCACCCUGGCCUCGGCCCCCAUGGACCCCAUCAAGGGCAUUCUCUUGGGCUUCUUCACAGGCAUUGAAGUGGUCAUCUGUGCCUUAGUGGUGGUCAGGAAGGACACAACCUCUUACACCUACUUGCAGUACAGCGGUGUGGUCACCUGGGUGGCCAUGGCCACCCAAAUCUUGGCUGCAGGCUUGGGUUGUGGUCUCCUGGGCGAUGGCAUUGGCUACGUGCUCUUCACUCUCUUUGCCACCUACAGCAUGCUGCCUCUGCCCCUCACCUGGGCUAUUCUGGCUGGCUUAGUUACCUCCCUCUUGCAGCUCGUCAUGCAGACAUUCAUCCCCAGGCAGGCGGUGACCUCCAUCAACCAGACAGCAGCUCAGGCGGUUUUAUUUAUGUGCAUGAAUACCGCUGGGAUCUUCAUUAGCUACCUAUCCGAUCGAGCUCAACGCCAAGCCUUCUUAGAGACCCGAAGGUGCGUAGAAGCUCGACUGCGGCUGGAAACCGAAAACCAGCGGCAGGAACGGCUGGUUCUGUCUGUGUUACCUCGAUUUGUUGUGCUGGAAAUGAUUAAUGACAUGAGCAACGUGGAGGAUGAGCAUUUACAACACCAGUUCCAUAAGAUCUAUAUUCACCGUUACGAAAAUGUCAGCAUUCUUUUUGCAGAUGUAAAAGGAUUCACCAAUCUCUCUACAACGUUAUCAGCUCAAGAGCUGGUUCGGAUGCUGAAUGAACUCUUUGCCAGAUUCGAUCGCUUAGCCCACGAACAUCAUUGCCUUAGAAUUAAGAUCCUGGGAGACUGCUACUAUUGUGUCUCUGGGCUUCCAGAGCCUCGGCAGGAUCAUGCUCACUGUUGUGUCGAAAUGGGACUCAGCAUGAUCAAAACCAUCAGGUAUGUUCGGUCAAGGACAAAGCAUGAUGUGGACAUGAGGAUUGGCAUACACUCUGGAUCUGUGCUAUGUGGGGUCCUGGGUCUGCGAAAAUGGCAAUUCGAUGUGUGGUCAUGGGAUGUCGACAUUGCAAACAAACUUGAGUCAGGUGGAAUACCCGGGCGAAUCCACAUAUCGAGGGCUACUUUAGACUGCCUAAAUGGGGAUUACAAUGUCGAGGAAGGACACGGCAAAGAACGCAAUGAAUUUUUGAGGAAGCACAACAUUGAGACGUACUUGAUCAAACAGCCUGAGGAAAGCCUGCUGUCUCUACCUGAAGAUAUUGUCAAAGAAGCUGUCACUUCUUCAGACAGGAGGAACAGCGGAGCAACGUUCACUGAAGGAUCCUGGAGCCCUGAACUGCCUUUUGAUAACAUCGUGGGAAAGCAGCAUACUCUGGCUGCCCUAACAAGAAAUUCAAUAAAUCUGCUUCCAAACCAUCUUGCACAAGCUUUGCAUGUCCAGUCUGGGCCUGAGGAAAUUAACAAGCGAAUAGAACACACCAUCGACUUGCGGAGUGGCGAUAAGUUGCGAAGAGAGCAUAUCAAGCCUUUUUCCCUGAUGUUUAAAGACUCUGGCCUGGAACAUAAGUAUUCCCAAAUGAGGGAUGAGGUGUUCAAGUCGAACUUGGUGUGUGCAUUCAUCGUCCUGGUGUUUAUCACUGCAGUCCAAAGUUUACUUCCUUCUUCAAGAAUGAUCCCAAUGGUUGUUCAGUUUUCAAUUCUAAUUCUAUUACAUUCCGCUCUCGUGCUGAUAACCACUGCAGAGGAUUAUAAAUGUUUACCCCUGGUGCUCCGGAAAACUUGCUGCUGGAUUAAUGAGACCUACCUGGCCCGAAAUGUCAUCAUCUUUGCCUCAAUUAUGAUUAAUUUCCUGGGAGCCAUCAUCAAUAUUCUCUGGUGUGACUUGGACAAACCACUGCCUUUUAAGAAUCAGACUUUCAACUCUUCAGAAUAUUUUACAGACAUUUGCUCCUACCCAGAGUAUUUCGUCUUUACUGGCAUCCUGGCUAUGGUGACCUGUGCUGUGUUCCUCCGUCUCAAUUCCGUCCUCAAGUUGGCCGUGCUCCUCAUCAUGAUUGCUGUCUACUGCUUCCUGACUGAGACCAUUUAUGCUUCCCUGUUUCUCCAGUACGAUGACAUCAAUCAUAAUGGAGACACAGAUUUCCUGGGGACUAAAGAAGCCUCGUUGCUCCUCAUGGCCAUGUUCCUGUUAGCUGUGUUUUAUCACGGCCAACAGCUUGAAUACACAGCAAGGCUAGACUUUUUGUGGCGUGGCCAGGCCAAAGAAGAAAUCAACGAGAUGAAGGAGCUAAGAGAACACAAUGAAAAUAUGCUACGCAAUAUUCUGCCAAGCCACGUGGCCCGUCACUUCCUGGAAAAGGACCGAGAUAAUGAA